AUGUUAGCACUGAAUGAAAGGGUUAAUUUAAAGGUGAAUAAGCAGUUGGAACAUUGUCAUCAGCGUAUGUCAUCGACGUGCUCUAAAUCCUCCUCAGUUUCUUCAUCAUCCAAUAAAAGACCAACUCAACCGAUGCGAUCCAACCAACCGAAUCGCCAUCAACUAUCAUUCGAUAAUUCCAUUCCAUUACUGCCAAAUCAACCGUCUACUUCCUCUAUGGUUGUGUCCAAAUCAAAUUUAUUACUAAACAAAUAUGAACAACAACAACAACAACCUCAUCAGCAACGACACUUCAAUAACAAUAAUAAUGACAAUGUCAGUGAUAAAUACUCACCGAAUAAUCACUCGAACAUCGUCAAUUCACCGCGUCGUCACUUACCCCUUCCAAUACCACCGUCAUCCACCAAACCUAAAUUACUCAAAGCCGUUUUAUCACCGUCAGUGGCGAACAGCAUUCAAACGCAGUCUUCUGUUGAAUCAUCUGAUGACAUGGUGAUAUCACCUUUGGCCGAACGCAAUCUGCAUAAAGCGGUGAGUAAAUUCGGGACGAUGCCAAAGAAUGUUCGUAUCGAUGCUUAUUUGGAGUCAAUGAAAGGGAACAGUAACUGUCAUCAUGAUAACGAUAUCGAUCUGCAGUCUGAUGAUUGCUCGUUUGAUAAUAUGCCGAUCAGUGUACAUCACACUAAUAGGGCUUUCGAUGGAAUGAGUGAAAGUGUGUGUUACAAUAAUAAUAGUCAAAAUGAAUUGCUGGAGCAACUGAAGGAGCGAUUCAAGAAAAGAAGGUCUGACGCCACGCAUAUGCCAUCCUCUUCAUCACCAGCGAAGUGCCAAUCAAAUUAUAACUUGAAUAUUCCAACAAAUGUCGGUCCACAAUCCAUUGUUGAUUCGUCGUCAUCCAUUGCAAUCAUCUCAAAACCUGAACCAAAACCGCGAAAGUUAACAAAAGUUGAUAAUGUAUCACAAACGGAAGAAAAAUGGAAAGUGAAAACUAAAGGAAAUAGGAUGAAACGGAACGAUAGAGCUGGUGUAGAAGAUAAGUUGAGAGCGAAUCAGCAAUCUGAUAUGUAUGACAGUGAUGAAAACGAAUUUCGCGCUAAAAUAAGACAGCUUCGACAUGUGGAAAAAAGGACGAAUUCUGAACCGGAGCGUCCAAGUGAUCCGAGCGAACGGGUGCUGAACAGUGAACGAGCCCGUAUUCGGACGUUGAUAACGCAGAAAGUAUCACCGUUACAACAUCAUCGUCCGUUUUCAAUGCAGUCUGAUGUAAAUAGUAGUGAGUCAACUGAUACCGAGUCUCUUUCAGCAUCGUCAAAUGCCGACGCAUUGGAGAGGCAAAGGAGUAUGAAAUCGAAUGUACUCAGUAAUCAGCCAUGUCAGUUCUCAACUCUACAAAGGGUAUCAUUCAACAAUGAAAAUAAUUUGCAGCGAAAAAGCAAAAUAAAUGAGAAGAAUAGUUCAAAAUAUACGAUUGAUGAAUUAAAGGAAUUAGAUGAAAUCAAAAGUGAUGAUUGUGACGAUGUGAACGGCAUGAUACGUACUCAGUCAUUAAGAGAUAUCACUUCCAAAUUUGAAAAACUGUCCACUUCAAAUCCUGCUGCAACAUCCUCGAAAGGACUUAUGGCGGCACGUAUGGCCGAAAAAAGGUUUUCAGUCCUGGAGGAAGCAGCAGCUAGCAGCUCAAACGGUAUCCCUCCAGAAGCAGUGGUAUCAAAUCAGCGGGAAAUAUCCUCACCAACGGUUGUCUUCUGA